UUCACCAUGGCCAAAGAGGUGUCCUCCCACUAGUUCCAACGACAGCACCAUGCACCCAUGAAGAUAACGGUACGACGACAAAGGGCGCUUUCUUCUGCUUUGAAGCCGUCCACCAUAAGCAUCUGCCGUGGGGCUGCCCUCCUUGCCCCGUCUCUCUUUUUAUUUUUGUUUAUACAUCCCAGAGAAGAGAACCAUCAGCUCUCUCCAUGUGUGUCCUGUGUUUUCCAAAGGCUCUUGCCCAUGUAUUUAAAACCUAUUUUAUGGCCAGUUACAACUUUGAAUUCAGUAACUGGCCCAUUGAAUUCCGGUGGGAUGAGGGCGACAGCAACAGCAACGCCCGUGCCCAUGGUAGCUGCGGUGCCAGAAGUCAUGGCCGCAAGAUCCUCAUCAAAGCAGCAUCGGGAGCGUGUCCACGGGCAUCGACGUUCGUUGUUUGGCCUGGCAGAAAGAGACACUCCCGGAGGCAUGUCCUCAGCAAUCUUAAGCAAAUGCCCGGCCAGCUGGCCAGCUACGUCAUGGCUCAUUCCUUAGGGCGCUGGAUGCUCUAUCCAGGCUCCAUGUUCCUCUUGAACCAAGCCCUGUUACCAGUCCUGGCAAAGGGCCAGGCUCGACUCCUGGGGGAAUAUAACGGGAAACGCGCCAAGCUGGUCGCUCGGGACGGAAAUAAGAUUGACACCAUGUUUGUGGACAGGAGGACCAAGCAAACAGGGCAGCAGCGAGGGGACCAGCUGGUGGUUUGCUGUGAGGGGAAUGUUAGUUUCUAUGAAUGGGGUUGUCUUUUCACACCACUGCGGACUGGAUAUUCCGUGCUGGGAUGGAACCACCCUGGUUUCGCUGGGAGUACAGGCCAGCCCUACCCAGAGAACGAUGCCAAUGCAGUGGAUGUGGUGAUCCAGUAUGCAACAUGCCGCCUGGGUUUCAGGAUACAAGACGUUAUUGUGUAUGGAUGGUCCUUGGGAGGCUACACGGCUACCUGGGCUGCCAUGUCCUACCCAUUGCUGGGUGCUUUAGUCCUGGAUGCCACGUUUGAUGACCUUCUCCCUUUGGCCUUGAACAUUAUGCCCAAAAGCUGGAAGACGCUGGUGGUGCGGACCGUGAAGAAGCACUUCAACCUCAAUGUUGGCGAGCAGCUAUGCAAGUACAGAGGACCCGUGUUGCUGAUCCGGAGGACCAAGGAUGAGGUCAUCACCACCUGCUCAUUGGGUCUUGAGGACCAAACAACCAACCUGAAAUGCAACAGGGCCAACGAGCUCCUGGUGCAGCUGUUGGAGCACCGCUACCCAGAUGUCAUGUCCAAAGAAGGUUUGGAAGCUGUUCAUGAUUGGCUCAAAGCUGCCGAUCCCAAACAAGAAGAGGCUAUCUACCAAAGCUACAAAAUCAAUGAUGAAUGGUGCCUCAAAGAGCUACAGGACUACAAGUCCAGCCUCGGGCACAGACUACGUUUCCCUUGGAGGGUUGGCAAGUUCAUUGCCUCUAGAGAAAAGCAGCAGCUGGCCGUAUUUUUAGCUAAGAAGCACAUGAAGAAUGUGGAGGCCACUCACUGGUCACUCCUAAAGCCCAAUGAUUUCCAGAUGCCCUGGAAAUUAUAGUUGGGGCUGAGGAGGAAGACAGAGAAAGAGGCAGAAAGAAUGAAUGAGAAAAAGAGGGGCUUGGGAUGCCUAACCAUGUGCCCAUAUUGUGUUUUUCCAACAGUUGCAUACACCGUUGAUUCUUCAAGUUUGCAGGGGGAGACAGAAAGGGGGGAAAAAAACAACAGAUUAAUAUUGCUACAUGG